AUGUCCAAUACCAGGAUACCGCACUCCACAGGCCAGAGUCCCUACUGCUGGCAGGUCUCUGCAACCAUCUCUCCUCCAUCCACCCCGUUCUCUACGUCUUCUACUCUUCUACUCCAUCUUGAUAUCGACCUAUCUUCCUCUUCAUCUUCGUCUCUUCGCCUCUUCAUCUCUUCAUCUCUUCAUCUUCUCUCAUCUCGUCGUCUUCGUCUGAAUAAACUACACCACGUGACCAGGCGCGAAAAAACGCAAACUCCAGCGACUUCGAGGUCGAAAAAAGCACCAGAAAACAUCGAAGCCGACGAAGACGAAGAGAAGCGAAACCUCAGCCUGAAGGACGCGAGAGAGCGAGAGAGCGCUGCGUCGAGCCCGCCGCCGUGUCCCCCGCCCCGCCUGUCUUUUCUCCUUUUUCGCGCCUGUCCUGCUGGUUGCGGCCUGUUCCAGCGCACCGUCGCCACACCCGCCAGAGACCUCGAGCAUCGAGAAGCAGAGGGCAUUCGCUCGCUCAGCAGGGCCGUCUGCCAUCUCAGACCCGACGCUCAAGACUACACACAAGGGAAAGAAGAAAAGAAACAAAAAAAUACUUCACCGAUUCCAGAGCUGCCACUGGUUAGUGGGCAGCUCACCUUCACCACGCCUUCAUCAAAGCGACGCAAGGUUGCCGCAGAGCUUCGCAAAGCUGGAGGCAACAAGGGCUUAUACUUCCUCAAAACCUCCCCUCCCCGGAAACCAAAGAUAGGAAAACGGUACGGCCAGUCUUCGUCUACGUCUGCCCUGUCUGCACUGCCGCAGCGUGGCUUCUUCACCGAGCCGUCCUCGCCCUCCUCGCCGAGACUGUCGCCCGCCCGGUCCCUGCAGGUAGACUCCUCGCACGGAAGCGCAAACGAACAGUCGUCCACCGAAGACUGGAGAUCGACCACGGCAACGAGCUCUCCGACCGUUACGGACGGCGAGUCGACCCAAGACACCACCUGUUGGCCCAUGUCAUCGUCUAAUAACAACAACCGAGCGGCCGGCCAGUCCGCCGCUGCCGCCAGUGAUCCCCCGAAGGAGGAUGUUUCCAUGGUAGACAGCAACAGCAGCGGUGUUGGUGGUUCUCUAGACAACGGCAACUCUCACACUGCUCCACCGGCCAUCAAGAGGCCGGCUGCCGAGAUGGGCUGUGACGAACACGAUACCGUGAUGCAGACUGAUUCCCCUUCGUUAGGUUCUCAGGAAGAGGCCGAAAAGAGCAGCAACAAGGCAGCAGGAAGCAAGAAGCAGACCGAGCGUCUGAAUCGGCACCAGCGUGAUGCCUCCGUUGACAUGGUUGGAAAGGAGACUGAGUCCGAGCCAUCCAAGGGAAGCCGAAAGCACGCUUCCGAAACCAGCAGCUCUGGAACUGAUCCAACCAUCUACACCCCGUCAUCCAGCAGCGGGCAAACCCAUGCUUCCCACGACGAUAACCCCUCUAUCGACGAGCAAGUCGCCCAGGUCAUGCAGUUGAUGCAGCAGAGCCCCACCGACAAGCAAAAGGGCUACAUUGUUUCUGCUACCUGGCUGAAGAGGGUUCUCUCCAGAAGCUCUACCCAUCCACGGCCGGAUAAAGCGGACAAGUUGGCUGCCGAGGGGGAAAUCGGACCCGUUGACAACUCAGACCUUGUCCUCGUUACUGAUCCGGACACCAUCUUCAACGAUGAAGCGGGCGAGCCAUUCGUCCCCAUGCGUCCGGGCCUGCAGAUGGGCGAGGACUACGAGAUCUUGCCAGAGGAAGCCUGGAACCUGGUGAUGAAAUGGUACGGUCUAUCGAACCAGUCCCCCGCCAUCGUUCGAUACGCACACAACACCAACACCGAGGGAGACAUGGAGCACAUCCAGUACGAGCUCAAUCCUCCCAUUUUCUCCAUCUUGAAACUGUCUCCAAACCCCUCCGAGGCAGAGAAGUCCAAACCUCCCGUCAGAUUCUUGGCCAGCAGACAUACCCCUUUCCAGCAAUGGCUCAAGACCGCAAAGACCCUGGCAUCCAUCAACAUGUCAACCAAGACUCGGGUCUGGAGAAUCCUAGAAGGACUCGGUAGUUCCGCCAACGUAACUCCGGCUGCGUCAAGAAGUGCGUCCCCAGCACCGGGAACUACCGUCUCGACAAAGAUUCCCACCUCCAUCUCCCUGGGCCUGGAAGCGUUCGUAGGUCUGACCGAGGGAUCCCAGCGAGAGCUUGUGGAUGUCCAAGACCAUACUGCAAAUACAAAGUACAACGGCAGAGCGUCUAUUCAUGUUAUCGGUCUAGGAAGCGACAACGUUAUCGUCCUGGAGGAGCAAGUUGGCGGUCCAGCAGGCGGAGAAUGGCUGUCCGAAACAACCAAGUCGAGCACCAACCUGACCGUCGGAGCUGGCACAAAAGCCAAUGUCCAAAACAGGCUGAAGAACAAAAGCUCCUCGGGCAGCGGACGGACAUCGCCUGCUCCUUCAAUCGUCACCCGAGGACGACGGCGCAAGGACGGCAAAGCUCGAGGAGUGACCGGACUAAGCAACCUGGGCAAUACAUGCUACAUGAACUCGGCGCUUCAGUGUGUCCGCAGUGUCGAGGAGCUGUCUCAUUACUUUUUGAUGGGCGAGUAUAAGAAGGACCUGAACCCGAACAACCCCUUGUCUCACAACGGGGAUGUUGCCAAGGCGUAUGCAAAUCUGCUGCAUCAGAUAUUUGAUGUACAGGGCUCGGCUUCGUUUGCUCCCCGGAACUUCAAGGUUACCAUUGGCAGAUACGGCCCUUCGUUCUCUGGCUAUGGACAGCAGGACUCCCAGGAAUUCCUGCUUUUCCUCCUGGACGGGCUGCAGGAGGAUUUGAACCGUAUCCAAAAGAAGCCAUACAUUGAGAAGCCCGAUUCCACCGACGAGAUGGUCCAUGAUAAAGUGGCGCUCCAGCGCUUUGCGGACCGCUGUUGGGAGAUCUACAAGGCCAGGAACGACAGUGUGAUUACUGAUCUGUUUUCGGGGAUGUACAAGUCCACUGUGGUGUGUCCAGAGUGCGACAAGGUCAGCAUCAUCUUCGACCCGUUCAACAACCUGACGCUGCAGAUUCCGAUUGAGAACAGCUGGAGCCACAAGAUCAUGUUCUUCCCGCUGCACAAACCACCGGUGAACAUCGACGUGGACAUUGACAAGAACUCGGGCAUCAAGGCGGUAAAGCAGUUCAUUGCAAAGAAGAUGAACGUGAACGCUGACAGGCUGGUGAUGGCCGAGAUCUACAAGCACAAGUUCUACAAGCUGUUUGACCACAGCCAGAGCAUAGCUGACCACCAGAUCAGCGAAGGGGACACUAUUGCCAUGUACGAACUUGAGAGUGUGCCGACAAGCUACAACCCGGAGAAGCCACGGCGCUUCCGCUUCUCGUCCGAGGAGCCUGCAGUCGGGUUCAACUCGCCCAAGGCAGACCGGAUGCUGGUACCAAUUUACAAUCGCGGCCGGGUGCGGCGCGGGUACGGCCAGCUGCAGCGGGGAUUAUUUGGCGUUCCGAUGUACGUUGUGAUUUCACGUGAGGAAGCGUAUGACUACGAUGCGGUGCUGCGACAGAUCCUCGCACGGGUGGCCAACCUGACGACGCGUGACAUCCUGCGAGAAGAUGAUGGGCUGGGCGUGACGAGGGCGCAGCAGCAGGCCGGGGAAGACUCUGACACUGUUGUGAUGAACGAAGACGACACGCAGGCAUACGGGCAGACGAUCAAGGCCAGUUCCGUGGAGGGAGAAGAUGGGCUGGUGGAUGUGUCGAUGCGAGAUGCCGAUCACGACGAGGCUACUGCAGCAAGAUGCAACAACAAUUACAACGACAACGACAACAGUGACAACAAAGGAGCAGAUGAUGAAGAGCUUGCACCCGUUCUAAGGCCCGGAAGCUUCAUCCCGCCGAUGCUCCGCAAUUUGUUUGAUGUGCGGUACAUUGCCACGAACGACAGCGAGCCGACUGGCUUCUCGAUCAUCAACGAGGCCCGCGAGUACCCCUUGAUGCUGUCCCGCGUGCCCGACGGGAAGAGCAGCAGUAGCAGCGGCAGCAGCAGCAACAACGGCGGUGGCGGUGGAGCAAGUAAGAUGGUGUUUGGACGACGGGCAGACGUGGAGAGCGUGGCCAGCAGCGACGACGAGCUAAGCGGGCCUGCACAACCCGUGAACGUGAUGCGGACACGGGCAGCGGUUGCAGCAGACGACGAGAUGUCGACCAACUCGAGCUCUGCGGAGACCAAGGACGAUAGCGGAUCUGAGACGGACUCUGACCGGAUGGCAGGUGCAACGAGCCUGCUGCGGUCCGGCAAGGCACGCAGCAGCAGCAGCAAGCAAAAGGCGGCCAAGAAGCCAGUGCAGCGACGGCUACCGUACGUCAAGCCGGGCGACGUGAUUGUGCUCGACUGGAACGAGGAGACGUACGACGGGGUAUUUGGCGACGAGGACGAGCUGUACGGCGACAACGAUGAAGGAGGGGAUGGUGGGCUGCGCGGACGACCGACGUGGACGAACGUGUCGGAUGUGGUCGACCCGGAGGUGACGAGCAAGCGGCAGCUGCGGUCGCGCAAGAAGAGGCGCGGGAUCACGCUGGACGAGUGCCUGGACGAAUUUGGGCGGGAGGAGAUCCUGUCGGAGAACGAUGCGUGGUACUGUCCGCGGUGCAAGGAGCACCGGCGGGCGAGCAAGAAGUUUGAGCUGUGGAAGGCGCCGGACAUUCUGGUGAUGCAUCUGAAGCGGUUCAGCGCCAACCGGAUCUUCCGCGACAAGAUUGACGCAGUGGUGGACUUCCCGCUGGAGCUGGACAUGAGCGGACGGGUGCAGAUGGUGGAGGAAGGGGAGAGCAUGGUGUACGACCUGAUUGCGGUGGACAACCACUACGGCGGCCUGGGCGGCGGCCACUACACUGCCUAUGCCCGGAACUUUGUCGACGGCCUGUGGUACGAAUUCAACGACUCCCACGUGACCAUGAAGCGCGAUCCGAGCAGCGUCGUGACAAGCGCCGCUUAUUUGCUCUUUUACCGCCGGCGCUCGGACGUCCCGCUGGGCGGCUCCUUUUUGGCGCGGCUGACGGAGCAAGCGCACGACCGGGCCAGCGACGACUCCGGCAGCGAGAGCGGCUCAGGCAACGGAACCAGUGGAACCGGCGGCGGCAGUGGUGGCGGCGGCAGUGGAUCGGGGGAAGGCAAGCGCCUCGGUGGGCUCUCCCGCAAUGGGUCGUCGGGCGCUUUACACGGAGCCGCAGCAACUCGCCAGUCGGGAGAUGGUGGUUUGCCAAUAGAUGAAGAGGAGGAGGUGGACGUUGAAGGCAGUGGAGAAGUGGGUGAAGCCGGGCCUGAUGAUGAAGACGAAGAGGAGGAAGGGGACGAAGGGUUCAGUAGUGUGCGGUUCCACGCCGGGAGCGCGAUGUACGCACAGCAGCCGAGCUGGUCGUACGACCGACUGGCCAACCACGGCUACGGCGAGGACGAGAUACCGCGUGUCUUCCCUCCGCCGGGGUCCAGCUAUGCGGACGAUGGCGAGGGGGACGAUGUGGCUAGCACGCAGGCGGAGAGGGGGGAAGGUGACCUGAGCGAGCUGGACCGGUCGUUUGAGCUGGACGCGGAGGGGGAUGCCGACGCCGACGAGACGGGCAUGGUAUUCUCCAGUGUCCUAGACGAGGAACACGCACAUGGUCAUGGACAUGGUCUUGGUCACGGUCUUGGUCACGGCAGCAGCCCUGCCAUGCCGAAUGACUUUGACGACUGCCCAGCUGUGGUAGAGGUGCGAGUUGACGAGGAGUAG